AUGGUUAUUAAAGAGGACUGUAUCAAUAAUCUUGCCAGGUGGCAGGCAGACGAGGAAGCUCACAGCUGUUUUCAAUGCAAGACGAACUUUUCGUUUCUCGUAAGAAGACACCAUUGUAGGUGUUGUGGAAGGAUAUUUUGUUCGUCUUGUACCGAAAAUUUUGUUAAUUAUAAUAAAAAGAGAGUCCAUGCCUUGCAGAAAAAAAAUAGCGACGUGGAAUCGCCUCCAUAUAGAACUUGUAAUGAGUGCUACGAUAACCUCCUUCAUUUAAAUCUACUAGUAUCCUCCACCAACAGAGAUGUACGACUAUCGCAAACUUCGGUACCACCAAAUGCACUUGCACUUUCUGCACCAGAUAGCAACACUGAUGAAGACGCGGAAAUCCUGGAAGAUUCGGUAGAUCAAUCCGGUACGGCAUGCAGGAGCGAAGAAAGUUCACAAAACGAGGAGGAUCACUUCUGCCCUAUUUGUAACUCAGAUCUCACACAGUUUCCUGAUGAAGAAGAGACCAGAAAGCACGUAGAGGAUUGCAUACAGAGAGCUGAAAAUGCCCAACAACAUACGAAUACGUCAGAUGCAGCAGAUGACUCCGUAAAAGAAAGCCCUGCCUUUCAAAAUAGAAUGUUAGUGUACAAGAUAUCGCCUAAUACAACAGAUAAUGCAAUUAAGGAGUGCCCGAUUUGUUUUGAGAAUAUGGAACCCGGUGAGAAAGUUGGGAGACUAGAAUGCUUGUGUGUUUUCCAUUAUAAGUGUAUUAAGAACUGGUUUCACAAAAGGGCGCAAAUGACUGCAGCCCAGAAGGGAAAUGGACAUGCUUUUGUUAAAAGGAACUUUUGUCCUUUCCAUGAUGCCGUAUUUUAA